AUGGAUAAUCAACAAACAAAAAUAAAAAAGCUAGAAUUAUUUAAUGAAUUAUGUAAUAGUGAAAUAAUUAAUAAUUUUCCAAUAACAGAUCCUAUUCUUGUCGAUACAACGGAUAUUCUUCCUGCUAGUUAUGAUGAUUUUUAUAAUGACUUUGCAAGUAUGUUUAAAACUACAUUAACUGUAUUACAACCAAUUGAAGAUCGUCUUAAAGAAUGUGAAUCAGCUAUGAAUGAAUAUACUAAUUUAUUUUUUAAACAAGAAAAUGAUGCUUUUAUACCUAUGAAACAAGCAGCUCGUUCAUUUAGUAUAUCACUUGAUGAAAUUGAUAAACUCGAUCCAAACAGUGAAUUAAGUGCUAUACUUAAACGACGGAAACAAAUCUUUUUAACUGUAGCAACAGAUGAAAAUGAAAAAGAGCGUAAAACUAUAGAAAAUUUACGUUAUAAACCUUUUCAACCAAAUGUUUAUCAUGAUUGGGCAUCGGAUACCACCAUUGAAGUUAUUGAUAUCUUAGAUAAAGUAACUCAAGCACAGAAAUUUAAGAAAAAUUUUUCUUAUUAUUGGAAUAAAAUAAUUCGAAGUGAUACAAGUCAAUAUUUACUUAUUGAUGCAUUUUGGUGGUUUUAUUUAAAAUAUUUCAUAAAAUUACCUGAUGCUGAUGAUGAAUGUGAAAAAUAUUUUACACGUAUUUCUAAAAAUUAUGUUGAACUACUUCUUUCUGUUGAUCCAUGGUUUCGAGAUAAAUUUUUCAAUACUUAUGCAUCUUACUUGGCUCAAGCAGUUUAUCAAACAUUUUUUGAUAUUUGUCCUGAUUCACGAAUGAAUUUAACCGAUAAAUUUAAAGAAUUUGUUGCAAGUACAAUAACUGAAUGGAUAUCAAGAGCUCAAGCAACUCCUGAAUCAUAUAAAAAUUGGAAAAUUCGUGCUGAUUCAACCAUGAUAACAUCUGAUAAUACCUUGGAAAAAACUUCAUCAUCAAAUGAUAUUUACAAAAAAAUUCUUCGUCUUGAAGAGGAACUUGAAGCCUUAGGCGGUGACAAUGGAGGUGAAACUACUCGAUCUGCGGUAACAAAAACACCUAAUUUAACACCGAGAAAGCAUGUGUCAUCCAAUUUUAAUAACAGUGCACAAAUUGAAAAUGAAUUGUUUGGUUUAAGAAAUCAAAGUACAUUAGUUGCUCGAUUUCUUGAUGAAUGUGAUAUUCAACCGAAUACACCACGUUUGCGAAAUAUACAUCGAAUGCAUAUUAAAGGAUGGUCAACUGAUCAAUAA